AGAAUUUUGUGGGGUUGGAUUAGAGAAACUGAUAGUGAAUAUGCUGACAUUUUGAAGGGAUGGGCAUCUGUUCAGUCGAUUCCUAGGGCUGUCACGUUCGAUCAGAAGACGGGGAGUAAUAUACUUCAAUGGCCAGUCAGCGAAGUGGAAGAAUUGAGAUCAGAUAUUGUGGAGUUUGAUAAUGUAAAGCUUGGACCUGGAUCCCUUGUUCCGCUUAAAGUUGACACACCUUCCCAGUUGGACAUAGUUGCCUCAUUUGAAAUUGAUGAGGAUGCAUUUGAAGGAACAGUUGAAGCUGAUGCUGAUGCUGGUUACAGUUGCCCUACAAGUGGUGGUGCUGCUAAUAGGGGGAAGUUGGGACCUUUUGGUGUUAUCGUUCUUGGCGAUAAAACUCUAUCAGAGGGAACCCCUAUCUACUUCUACGUUACCAAAGGGGCUAAUGGAAAGUUCGAAACUCAUUUUUGUGCAGAUGAAUUAAGAUCAUCUCUGGCUCCUGAUGUUGACAAAGUAGUUUAUGGGAGCAAAGUCCCUAUUCUUCAUGGUGAAAAAUACUCCCUGAGAUCACUGGUCGAUCACUCCAUAGUGGAGAGCUUCGCUCAAGGAGGCAGAACAGUUAUAACGUCGCGA